AUGAGGACAGAGGUGAUGUUAGACGGCCCAGCCUCCCGCCUGUCGAAGAUCAAUACUGCUCCUCUUCACAUUGUUGACACACCCAUUUCCCCCUCGUCAACAGUCAAAGAUCUUGGUGUCUACUUUGAAUGUGAUCUUUCGUUGGAAAAGCAAGUCUCAGAGUUAUGUAAAUCUUGUUACUACCACAUCCGAACCAUUGGCAGUAUCCGCCAUCUUCUGAUUGAGGAUUCUACUGCAGCACUUGUUCGAUCUCUGAUACUUUCACGUAUUGACUACUGCAACAGCCUUCUGCUCCAUAUCUCACAGGAUCUCAUUAAUCGACUCCAGAGAAUUCAGAAUAAUGCAGCACGCAUUGUCACCAAAACCCCUAAAUUUGCAAGUAUUACUCCUGUCCUGAAACGCCUACGUUGGUUACCAAUCCGAGCGAGAGUUGACUUCAAGAUACUGACUUUGACAUAUCAGUGUGUUCACAGAACAGCUCCAGUGUACCUCAAGGAACUCUUCAGGCUGUACAUCCCCGGUGGCAGCGGCCAAGAAAUCGAACGAAUUGCCCGACCAUCUGCGAACAUGUCAAACUCUGACUCUGUUUAG